UUUUUCAUGCAUUCGAUGUGUGUGUACAGUACAAUGAUGACGUCAUCCGAGAUCAGAUGACAAAAUGGCUUCUACAGGCGAACUUACACUCGACAGAGAUGUCAGCCGUGCAAUACAGUUACUUCAAAAUCUACAGCAACAGUCUGGGUUGCCAACACAGAAACUGAUUGCUCUUCAGGCUAUCCUAGAAAGUGAUUUCUUCAACGCUGUGAGGGAAGUGUAUGAACAUGUCCAUGAAACAGUGGACAUACAAGGGGAUCCUGAGGUCAGGGCCAAUGCUACAGCAAAGGCUACCGUAGCAGCCUUUGCAGCAAGUGAAGGCCACGCCCACCCAAGGGUCGUUGAACUUCCCAAGACGGAUGAAGGACUAGGGUUCAAUGUAAUGGGAGGGAGAGAGCAGAACUCGCCUAUCUAUAUCUCAAGGAUUAUUCCAGGGGGCGUCGCCCACCGACAUGGCGGUCUGAAGAGGGGCGAUCAGCUUCUCUCAGUCAAUGGUGUGUCCGUGGAAGGGGAGCAGCACGAGAAGGCUGUCGAACUCUUAAAGUCAGCUUCAGAACGAGUCAAGCUUGUUGUUAGAUAUACACCAAAGGUGCUUGAAGAAAUGGAGACCCGAUUUGACAGACAGAGGGCUGCACGUCGGCGACAGAUGUCACCGGAAUGAACAACACUACCCAGCGAUUGACUUUCAUCUAGCUAUAUUGGAAGCAGAACUUCAUGCAAUGAUCCUUGCCUAUAGAACCAACAACUAGGGGUGCUUCAUAGAGACAAAUAAAAAUUGAAAAUAGACCAACUAUGGCAGGUUUUUUUUAUUCAACUAAUGUCAACGUCACAAGUGCAGAAUUGAAAUCUACUGAGGAUGGGCAUCUUUGUAAGUUCUGAAAUCUGUGUAUGUUGACUGGCAAAGGAUGUGAAUUGUCACCUCCACCACCACGAACCAUUAUCAUAAGAACCAUCAUCAUCAUUGCUAUCACCAUCACUACCAUCACUGUUACAAAUAAAAUCAUUUAUUUUGUGGCUAAUCAUUAAAUAAGAACCAACAAACUCAAAUUCUGACAAUUUUACGCAUAUCUAAUGAAACAUACAUGCAUGACUUUAGCCAGUGUGAUGAACAACCUGUCAAAGUCACCCCUACGCUGCUAGUCCAUUGUUAGUCCCAACUAUUUGUGAAGCCCAACUAUUUGUGAAGCGUCCUCCUUGGUGACCUACUCAGCGUGUGAAGCGACUACUGUAAGUACAACUCUGCUUGAAGCUGCUAUGUAUGUAUUGCACAUCGAACAACAUUUAACAGAUUCGUUUGGUCUAAAAACAGUUGGUCUACUCAGAAUGUUGAAUAACACAAGGGCCAAAUCCAUUUGGUCUACUAUCAGUUGAUCUAAUUGCCAUUUGGUCUAAACUCCCCUUGGUCUAAUACUCUAAAGUCUGACCAUUCCCAUAAUUGUGUCGUAUCGUUGAUUAAAUAUCCUAUGUAUUAGAUUUCACUCAACUGCAGCUUAAAAGCCUUAUAUCUGGGCCUGUGACACAAAGCAUAGCUACUAAUCAUAAAUUGAUUUUUGUGGAUGAUUCUACAUUGUAAUCAAUGCAAUGAAGCAAGUAAAAAAUGUUCUAAGAUCAAUGUCUAUGCUUUGUGUUUGCAGGCCCCUGGGAGUUGCCAAAUGUUUCUGUAUUGGGAACUGAAUUGUGCAUUUGCAAUGUCUGUCUUUUCUGCUAUUUUAGAUAUUGCUAAAUGUUUUUAAAUGUAUACUAAUCAACUUUUAACAAAAUAUGAAACCCAUCAUUGCCAUUGAAUAUUCAUCGUAGCUAUUUUGUAUUAAUAUCUGAUAGUAAAGCCUAAUUAAUUUGCUAUUUAUAACUUACUAUAUAAUCUCGUACAGAAACUGCCUUACUUAAAAAUGUGUCCUUUGACAAAACUUGUUCUUUACAAAUUGUGGGAAAAAAAAAAUACACACACACACACAAAAUCACUGUUAUAAUAGUGUGAACAGUUUUAAUGCUUACUGUUAGUAUUAACUGUUGGACAAAAAUGUUUUGGUCAAUAAAGGGUUGGAGUCCAUAAUAUCCUACAUGUAACUUAAUGUGAUGUUCCUAAUAUAUGAUAUGGAAUAUGAAAUCAAUUGGAAUUGAGAAUUGUGUCAUGGAUCUAUGGGCUGUUUGGUGAAGCUGAUGGAACGUUUCGCAGGAUUAUACACAUGACCAAUGACAUAUUCUUGUGCUAGAUGUGCCAAUUUUCGACAAAUCUUAACAAAUAAGGAUCUUUGCAUUCCAAUGCUUGCUAACAAUGGCAAUUUCAAUCUAAAGUAAAGUGGUUCAACUUCAGAUGAAGAGAAUACAAAUUAUCAGUAAUCAGGGUUCGUAACACAAAGGCUAGCAAGCAUCGUAGAUCAUUUUUGUACGAUUGAUUACAUUGGCCCGUAUUCUGAAGUCAGGUUUAAGUUAAACUCAGGUUUAAAGUUGUGGUUUAAGUAUGGACAGCCAAAAGUAUCAAUUUUUUUAUUAAGUUGUACGUUUCUUGAUUCAUCGAUGGUGAAGACAAUAAUCUAUAUAUACUUCCUAGACAAUUAUGAGUGAUUUGAGAGCCAAAUGAGCUGAAAUAUGAUAUCCCUACUGUUAGUGAUUUGGCUGUCCAUACUUAAACCACAACUUUAAACCUGAGUUUAAGUUAAACCCGACUUCAGAAUACGGGCCAUUGGCUACAAUGUAAAAUUAAUCACGAAAAACAAGCGUAUGUUUAAUUGCCAACCUUUGUGUCACGGGACCCAGGUUGAUAAUAUCAUUUAGCAUGAGGAACUAUGAACUUCUGCAGAAUUUAUGAAUAGCCUUAUGAACCAUGAACUGGUUGACAUGUUGGGAAAACUUCUUGAUGUCAACAUGUAGCUCGAGUUUAGAUUUGGAUGUUACUACACACAGUGGAUGGUAUUUCAUAAAUCUGUAAGUUACGCACAACUAUGCAUGUCUUGAAGAUGAUGGUUUUGUUGCUUAAACAAAUUAUCAGUUACUAGUAUUUUGAUCGCCAUCAGCUAAAUUUGAAUUUCAAUAUGUAUAGAUUGAAAUUUUUGUUGCUUACAAGUGUUACCUGUCAAAAUAUGAUACAUGUCAUUUGAAUUUCAGUUCAACUUUUAAAGGAAAAAAAUAAGCAUAAAAAAUUGGCAUUUCUUAGCACAGACAACAUGUCACCUGUCUUGUGUAAAUUAUUUUUCGUAACUUUCAAAAAGCUUUAUGAAACAAGUCAAACUAUCUGUAGGUCGAUUCAAACUUGUUGGAUGUAUUCAUUUAGGAAGUUGGGUGACUUCUUCGAUCGACUUUUCAAGAUCAUAUUUGAGUAAUAUAUAGAGCUGUAGAGAAUAAGGUUAUUUGACAAAGAUUUUCAUAACUAUUAUAAUGAUUGCCAAUCUGUAAAUAUCGCAGAGAGUGAUGAGAUAUGUAUGUUAGUUUCAUGUUAUUUGAAUCAUAUUAGAAUUUGUAUGAUAUUAGUAAUAUUGAUAGGUUAUGUUAUCAUGGAAUUAAUUCAUUGUGCUGGGGAUAAAGUAGUAUUAAUGACAAUAGUAUUUUGAUUUUAUAUUACACUUAUAACAUUGGAAUGCCAUCUGUAUGUUUCUGGCGGCAUCCAUUCGUUUGGAAAUUAUGACAAUAUUCUGAUUUUAUGUUGCAAUUUUAACAUUGGAACGGCAUCUUUCAGCUCAAUGGUCUACAGAUGACUCAUAUAUGGGAUAGUGCGUCGGAUUCAGCAUUAUACUCAUUUCAUUUUGGGGUUGAAAGGAAUUUUAGUUCCAAAUCAAAAUGUAUGAUUUUCAUUUUUAUUUUAUUUAUUUAUUUUUUUUUUUGGGGGGGGGGAAGAUUGGCUGAUCUUGCACCAAGAUGGUCAAAAUCAUGCUUGUUGGUAGAACUCACAAUUGAAUAAUGUAAGAACAAAGGCUACUGCAAUUCAUGUUCGAUUCUUCCCUGCAGCCAGUCAUUGCAAGCAAGUUGGUCAGUAUUUUUUAUCAGGGUUGUCUGUGAUAUAAGUUCAUGAAACAGAGUAUGCCCCAUUGAUAAAUUUCUAGUUUCAUUUGUAACUUUUGGAAUUUUCCUUAAUGAGUAAACCUGCAUUGGUCUAUUAUUUUAAUAUCUUGUUAUUCUUUCCAUGAAUAAGUUUAUAUACAUGUUAGAAGGGUGGUGUUUCAUAAAGCUGCAAUGCAAAAACUCAGGUGUUGAUUUAACACCAGCCCGGAAUCUAUAUAUGUCCACACCAGAGAAGUAUUGAAACAACACCAAUUUGGAAUCAAACCGAUGCUAUUUUAAUACUUAUUGGUGGUGUAUCUGGUGUUAGACCAAAACCAAACUGGUGUUGGACCGAAACCAAACUUAUCUGGUGUGGACAUCCGGGCUGGUGUUAAAUCAACACCGGUGUUUUUGCAGUAAGUUUGCAAUUCACACACGACUGGUAACCCUUUUAUUUGGUGCUAAAGAGGACUGGUGAUCCUUUCUUGGUAGCCAAAUCAGGUUCUCAAUAAACUUUCCUAGUCUGCAGGCACAGACCUUGGUGUUCACAUAAUGCAUAAUGAAGAGUCUGAAGCAGUGAGACUAGAUAUACUUCAGCUAACACAGACAUAAACUUGGUCUUGAAAUCCUUCACUAUUGACGUAUCAUUUGUGAAAGCCUAUAUGUAGUAUGCCUAGCAAUGGAGUCUUGGAACUCUUGUUGGAAUGCUCCCCAGGGAGUGGAGAAGGUGCAUACAUUGUAUGCGGGCAUGCAAGGAUCCGAUGACCGGGGUAUUAAUAUGUCUGUAAAGCGCUUAGAGACGUCGUUCCGAUGUAUUAAGCGCUAUAUAAAUGCGGAAUAUUAUUAUUUGUGGAAUUGGUGUCUUUAGCUUGCAGGCUAUUCCACUCGUGAAUUAUAGUUGAAAUAUGAUCUUUGCAAAUUCAAAUUAUCAUUUUUAACUAGCACCUGAAUGGAAAAAAUCUCACAUUAUGCUAAAACAAAAAUUUUGUGUAUUUUAUGUAGCCAAAGAAAGGUUUAUUAGUAGUGCUUAACUUACAAAUGGCUUUAUGAAAUGGCCCCAAAAUAUUUUAGCAUCAGUUUAUUAUGUGCAUGUUAUGGUAGUGUUUAUAAGGUAUGUAUAAGAUUCUUGAAACCAUGUAUAAAUAUUCCUGAUUGAGCAAGUAAUAAAGUAUUAUUAUCACAUGAUUAUGAAAGACCAA